AAGGAAUGGCUGCAGGUGUUCGUAACCCUAUCCUUUCGACAAUGAAGUAGAUAACCUAUGUCCCACAUCGCACAAAUGAAAUUUUCCGAUCAACCAGACAAACCUCCAUCCUUCUUCCCCAAAUGAAACUCCUCACUCUUCCUCUCCCUCAUCCCUGUUCUUCAAACCCCACCCUCCUCCGCUUCAGAUUCAAACCCCAAUCAUCUCUACAGUACCCAAAUCUCACUCCCCCUAAACCCCAAUCCCAAGCAACCCCAAAACCACGUGUCGUCAUCAUAGGCGCCGGCCUCGCCGGCCUAGCCGCAGCCACCCACCUCAACUCCCAAAACAUCCCCUUCCUCCUUCUCGAAGCUUCCGAUGACGUCGGCGGUCGUGUCCGAACCGACGUCGUCGACGGCUUUCUUCUCGACCGCGGAUUUCAAAUCUUCAUUACGGCAUACCCCGAAGCUCAGAAGCUUCUCGAUUACCAAGCCCUCGAUCUUCAAACAUUCUACUCCGGCGCUCGAAUCUACUAUAACGGCCAGUUUCACACCGUAGCCGAUCCUCUACGCAAUUUCUGGGACUCCAUUAAGUCCUUAGCAAACCCAGUCGGAUCAGUUUCUGAUAAAUUGCUUAUCGGAUUGACGAGACUCCGGGUCUUGACCAAAUCCGAUGAAGAGAUAUUUGCUUCCAGUGAAGUCUCCACGAUGGAGUUGUUGAGGAAAACCGGGUUUUCGGAUUCGAUUAUAGGCCGAUUCUUUCAGCCGUUUUUCGGGGGAGUUUUCUUCGACAAGGAGCUCGAGACAACUUCUAGAUUGUUCGAUUUCAUCUUCAAGUGUCUUGCUUUAGGCGACAACACUCUUCCUUCCAAAGGCAUUGGCACCAUUCCUAAACAAUUGGCGGCAAAGUUGCCAUCGGAUUCGAUCCUCUUCAAUUCGAAGGUCCUUUCGAUUGAUUUCGAAGGGGAGGCGCCGAUUGUGAGAUUGGAGAGUGGAGAGGAAUUGAGUAGUGAGCUAGGAGUGAUAGUGGCAGUGGAGCAACCAGAAGCGGAUAAGCUUUUGGCGGGAAAGGUGUAUGAACCGGUCCAAAGGAAACCGGCUCGGAGUACUGUUUGUUUAUAUUUCUCAGCCGACCGGGCCAAUAUUCCGGUUCAAGACCCGGUUUUGUUUCUCAACGGUUCAGGUGAGGGGAUUGUGAAUAAUAUGUUCUUUGCAACAAAUGUGGCUCCGUCUUAUGGGCCAACUGGUAAGGCUUUGGUGUCAAUAUCCCUGGUCGGAGACUUUGAGAGUGUGAGUGAUGAGGAUUUGACGGUUCAAGUUGUUCGUGAGCUCUCGGAUUGGUUUGGGGGAGCAAUGGUAGGAUCUUGGAAACAUCUAAGAACGUACCGAAUCAAAUUUGCACAACCAAAUCAAUCUCCGCCCCUUGAUUCAACUAGAGAUUCUCGAGUUAAGUCGGGUGUUUACGUAUGCGGUGACCAUGUGACCACUGCCACAUUUGAUGGUGCUUUGGUUUCAGGAAGAAGAGCGGUAGAAGCUUUACUCAGAGACAAUGCCUUGAAUCGAGUAUUUUAAGGUUUAAGAUUGUAAAAAGACGAGUAAGAGUUGUAUUCUAUAUUUUUUUGUGAUAUACCAUUCAAAUUGAUACAGUAACAUUUAAACCUUAAUCCAUAUCCCAAUCAAUCUUCUUAUUUAUGUAUUUAUUUUUAUGGGAAUGAAAGGCUCAUUCAUUGAUGUGAAAUCAUUACAUUCAGAAAGUAUAUGAGCCUCCACACUUGGAGGGGUGUUGGUAAAGAAGUCUAUACCAAACUGACCAGAUUUGGCCUCCUGAUCGAGCCAAGGUCUGCGCAACCAAAUCAACCUUCCUACUGCCAUAGAUCACUCUAGCAUCCAAGGCAUCAUGCAACAGAGCUCACAAGUCAUCAAUCAGGAACCCCAGGUCCGAAUGGUCAAGGGAAGACCCAGGAAUAGCAUGAACCAAAUCCAUACAUUCUGUUUCCACUAUCACUGGGGUAAGAUGCUGAUCAAUAGCCAACUGCACCCCUAGAAGCAAGGCUAACAACUCCGCAUGCUGAGGGGAGUUGGUCACUGUAACUGUGUGUCGAAAGCCUCCCAAAACAGCCCCUUCAUAGUCUCUAAACACACCUCCGGAUCCUGCAAUACCCGUAGCUAAACUAAAGGCCGCAUCCACAUUUAAUUUAAUAAAACCAAUAGGAGGCUUUUGCCAUUUGAUCAAUGUUCUUGAGCCAUUAGCAGAAGGGAAAGGAGUACGAGCAGCCUUAUAUAUAGUCCUCCCACCAUCUCAUCAUCAACGGCACAAUUUCAGUUGCCAUCUUUCUCUCUCCACCCCAAAUUCGUGAGUUCCUAUUACGCCACGUAGCCCAAAUAAUCAUCAACAAGUGAGAGAAAGCUGCAGGUGAUAAUGUAUAAAUGGAUACCAACCAAUCCACAACACAGGAAGCAGCGGUGAGAGUCGGAAUAUUAGCCAUUUGGAGUACACUUACUGCAUGGGGGCAAUCUCGGAGGCAAUGAAUAGGGAACCCACUUCUUCAUCACAAAACGGGCAUUGGAUAUCAAUAGCAAUACCUCUCUCACUACGUCGGCCUUUGUCACUAAGAAUCGGUUCAUUAAUAAUAAUAUUGCAACCGAUAUUUCUAUACCCAUGCUGGCUCGUGGUUAAUGGUUGGUGUACUGGUGGUUCUUAGCUAGUCGGAUUGGUGUGCUAACGGUCUUCAACUAAAUUGUGAAAAGGAUUCGAGAACUACAGGUGGAGUCUGUUGUAUUGUUGCCAUUGUAAUUGAAGUUUUGUUUAGCUUUGCGUCUUUAACACUAGUCAUGCAAUAUAUCAACCAAAAAAGCUUCGUUAGCUUA